GAAACUCGAAUUGGUUAUGGAAAGCGGACGUUUUGUUUACAGGCUGCUUAACAUCAGUCGAAAAGGAACUACCAGGAACACAGAGUACCGCUACAAAGGCAAAGCAGUACCCGGUAGAUUUAAAGAUAAUGGACCGGGACAUAGAAAAAGGGUAUAAAUUACAGCAGCUAUAGUGAAAGCUGCUGCUUAGCCGAUCGGUGAACUGGACAGCGGGAGUCAAAUUCCAUCGGAUGAAGGAGGAGCAGGAUCUCUGCCCAUUGCAACAGGAGACAUAACGGUAUAAAAGCCACAGUAAUUAAAGGGGGCUGUUUCCCCCCCAGAAUCCCUUGGAUUGUGUUUCUUUUUUCCCAUUUGAAUAGUCACUCCCUGAAUAUUUCGUUUUCUAUUUAGGUUUUCAGAAUGUUAGGCUGUCGAUGAAAAGCUUUCAGUGAUGCGGGGAUUAAUAUGACGGGGGAACGGGAGCCACUGUGGACACGCGGCUUGUGGGGCCGUAUUGCAUAAGCGACCCGUUCGGAGCCCCCCCUAGAAACGGGAGGCGUGUGCUUUGGAAACUAUUUUGAAGGGAAACGCUUUCUCCAACGAAACGGAAAUGACUUCAGCUGGAGGAACGGAGAUCGGCCGCUUUGUUUCGGCCGUGGGGGAGUCCGUCUUCGGGAAUAUGUCACGUCGUACCCAGCUCGCCGUCUAAAGCGUUUGGACCGUGAGGAUCUCACCCGAAAGCAUGUUUGCCGGGAUGGUUCGGCUGGAGACGUGGUCCCCCGAGGCUGACAGCGCUGCCCUGCCGUCGCACCCGGAGAUGAGGAGAGCAGGUGGUCGGGUCACGGUGCCAGCAGGUCGAGGCUCCCGAAAGAGGCUUCCCAGGAGACCGGGGUAUAUGAGGCCGGAUCUGCAUCGACAUUCAUGGAGUGCAAUCGAAGGGGAGUGCCAGAGCCCCAGUGUGACCAAUGGGGAGGCUUGCCACGCUGUGAGUGACAGCCAUCACACAGCUGUGCAGUCCGGCCUGCUGAAGCUGACCCAUCCUCCUUCCAGUGAAGUCUUCAAGCCCAGCCUGUGCCUUAACAGCGGGAUUUCGCUCUCCACCCUCCCCCAAGAGGCCUGCAGACCCACCCCCAGGGAAGCUCCUAAUCGGGGACAUCGCCCAGGCCCUCAUUCUCCGAAACCCGUGAAGAAUAUUCAGAGCUCGCCUCAUCGGGAGCAAUUUAACUCCAGUUUCAGCUUCAUCAGACUCUCGCUUAGUGGCAGCCAAGAGAUGGAUGCUUGUCCAGGUUCCCCUGCACAAUCAGAACCCGUUUCGGUCCCUCUGGCUCAAUCAGAACCUGCAUGUGUUCCACUGGGCCAAUCAGGACCCGUCACUGAUAUCAGUGGCUGCUCAUUUAGCGUCUUAGGUUCCCAGCCUGCUGCCUCAAAAGCAGAUAGGACUCGCAGGCGUUCAUUUAGCAGAGAUUUGUGGGGAGAGGGUGAGGUCUUGCUGUGCAAUGGUCCGGAAUGCCAGGCCGCUCCGGCCUCAAGCCCCGCCCACUCCAGGGUCCGUCUCCCUGACUCCGACGCCGGCUCUGUGGAUGCCGAGGCCGCCUCCUCCCUGUCGGCCGACUCCUCCUCUGACUCCACCUCGGGCUCCUCCGUCACCUCGGGCUAUGAGAGCGCCGUGCCCUGCGGUGACCACGGCUGGGAGGCCCUGGCCAAGAAGUACGAGGGCGUCCUGCAGGAAUGCCUGCAGGGAAAUCAGGCCAGUGCCAAGAUCGAGUCGAUGAUGAUGAAAUUGCAAGGCCUUCAGCAAAAGGCAGUGCUGGAAGACGACUAUGACACGGCGGAGCGCUUUGGGAGGAAACUGGAUGAGCUGCGGCAGGAGAGGAGCACGCUGGUGCGGGGCCUGCCCUCCAAGCACCCCUCUGUGUCCCGCCUCCUGGAGCGCCUGCUGGUCGCCGUGCGGAGUGCCCUGCAGGGGGCAGCGGUGGGCAGCAGAGAGGGCGACGGUUCCGUCGAUGGCGAAAAGGGAGCUUCGUCGUCGGGCCAGGAAGGUGCUCAGCGCCCCCUGCUGUGGAGAGACCAUCUGCUCAGAGAGAAGCGGCUGGUCGAGGAGGAGAUGCAGGACCUGCAGCGGCGGCUGGCCAGCCUGCGGCAGAGGAGCGCGCAACUGCAGCAGGAGCUCCUGCAGGAGGAGCGGCUACUGGGGGGCGAAGAGGACGAAGGGUCAGCCUUGUGGCACUGUAGCCCCGCCCAGCUGCACGAGCUCGGCCGGGCGCUGGAGGACACGGUGACAUCAGAGCACCGCGCACGGCUCUGCACUCGCUGGCCCCUGGCCGUGCUCAGACUGCAGGAGAGGGAACAAGCCUUGAACACAUCCAUCAGAGAGGCUACAGCCAAAGUGGUUAUGAGUCAGAAGCUGGGCAGCAGUCUGCGGAGGAAGGUCAGCGAGAGUGAGACGCAGCUGUUGGCUCUGCACGAGGCCAAGAUGGCCGCCAUCUCAGGGGGCGACUUCUCUAGCGCAAAGGAGGUGAAGGUGGAGAUGAGGUGUCUGUGUGGGGAGCGGGACCGUCUGGAGGCUCUGGAGAGACUGCGGGCUCUGAGCGCGAGGAGCAGCCAGGAGCUGGCCAGGAUGAAGGAGGAGCAUGGCCUCCUCAAGAGGGAGCUGCAGGAGAGGGAGGGCGCGCUUCG